AUGACGGGCCUAUUUACCGGGCUGUGGAAAACUUAUUAUUGGGCCAUGGCUCAGGUCAUUUGGGCCACAACAUUAACACCGGCUAUGGCUACCUCAACUCCGUCUUCCCCGGCUAAUGUCCAUUUGUCCAUGCAUCUGGUUGCCAUCUACAACAUCGGAAUCUAUGCUCGGCCCCCGUCGUUUUUGGACCCAAUGACGGCUUUGAUUACGAACUCCGGCGAGCUCCAUCGUCUCGCCAGUCGGAUUUUUCGGCUUCCAUUCGGACUAUUCUGGAAAAUCGCUACUUCCCCUUCAAUUUCCGGCGCCGUCCAUGCACCUUCACUAAAUUGCUUUGUCUAUUCUUUUUCCCACCCCAAGACGAUUCUAGCGCAACCCUUCAAACCCUCGACCGCGUCCAUUCUGCGAUUAGUCCAUUUCGUCGUCCUUCGUGAGCUAUUUUCCGUCCAAGUCUCUGCAGUUCCACCUCCGACGGCCUAUCCGUGGCGGUCUUCUGCCACCUCAGCUUUACCGUUCUUGCAUGAGAAGAAUUUCAGACAGACAAUACCUCAAGUUAAGGUGGCCGACGGCCAAGAUAUAACCUACGAGGCGGCCACCAUCACACUCCGGCGGGCUGUUCAUUUCUUCUCAGCCCUGCAAGCGAGCGAUGGUCACUGGCCGGCAGAAAAUGCUGGCCCAUUGUUCUUUCUUCCACCUCUGGUUAUGGUUCUGUACAUUACUGGCAAUCUCAACACUGUUCUCUCAGGAGAACAUUAUCAUGAGAUUCUACGGUACAUAUAUUGUCAUCAGAAUGAAGACGGUGGGUGGGGUUUACACAUAGAAGGCCGCAGCACGAUGUUCUGCACAACCCUCAAUUACAUUUGCUUGCGUAUAUUAGGGGAAGGGCUGGAGAACAAUAAUCCAUGCGCUCGAUCAAGAAAAUGGAUACUCGAUCACGGGACUGUGAAAAUGAUACCUUCCUGGGGAAAGACUUGGCUUUCAAUACUGGGCGUGUUUGAAUGGUCGGGAUGCGACCCGGUGCCCCCUGAAUUUUGGCUUCUGCCGUCUUUUUUCCCCGUGAAUCCAGGAAAAAUGUGGUGCUAUUCCCGAACAAUUUAUAUGCCACUAUCUUACUUAUACGGCAAGAGAUUUGUGGGUCCUAUUACUCCUCUCGUUUCAGAACUGAGAGAAGAGUUGUAUGAUCAGCCUUACGAAGAAAUUAAUUGGAGGAGCACACGCCACCUAUGUGCAGAGGAGGAUUUGUACUAUCCUCAUCCAUUGAUACAAGAUUUGAUCUGGGAUAGUUGUUAUGUGGUAACCGAGCCCCUAUUAACUCGUUGGCCUCUCAACAAGCUAAGAGAGAGAGCUCUCGGAGUUGUGAUGAAACACAUUCACUAUGAGGAUGAAAACAGCAGGUACAUCACCAUGGGAUGUGGGGAGAAAGUGUUGUCUAUGUUGGUUUGUUGGGUCGAGAAUCCUAACGGUGAUCAUUUCAAGAAGCAUCUCAUGAGAAUUCCUGAUUAUUUAUGGGUUUCUGAAGAUGGCAUGAAGAUGCAGAGCUUUGGCAGUCAAGAGUGGGAUACAAGUUUAGCUGUACAAGCACUGCUGGCUAGUGAUCUGACUCAUGAAAUAGGCGACACUCUUAAGAAAGGGCAUGACUUCAUAAAGAAGUCUCAGGUCAAAAAAGAUCCUUUGGGUAACUUUAGAAGCAUGUACCGCCAUAUUUCUAAAGGAUCGUGGACAUUUUCGGACCAAGACCAAGGAUGGCAAGUAUCUGACUGUACAGCUGAAGGACUGAAGUGUUGCCUUCUCUUCUCUAUGAUGCCUCCGGAAAUAGUUGGGGAGAAAAUGGAACCUGAGGGACUCUACGACGCUAUCAACAUAAUUCUUUCUUUGCAGAGCAAAAAUGGAGGUUUAGCUGCAUGGGAGCCUGCAGGAGCCUUGGAGUGGCUGGAGACACUGAACCCUAUGGAGCUUUUAGCCAAAAUUGUCAUUGAGCAUGAGCAUGUUGAAUGCACUGCAUCGGCAAUCCAAGCCAUUGUCCUGUUUAAGCAGUUGUACCCUGAGCAUAGAAAAGAAGAGAUUGAAAUCUUUAUCAGAAAAGCUGUGGCCUACUUGGAACAUGUUCAGAAGCCUGAUGGUUCUUGGUACGGGGAGUGGGGCAUUUGCUUUACAUACGGUGCAUGGUUUGCAAUUCGAGGGCUGACAGCAGCUGGUAGGAACUAUAGCAACUGUACUGCCAUUAGAAAAGGAGUCGAUUUUCUGCUAAAAUGUCAAGCUGGUGACGGUGGGUGGGGUGAAAGCUAUCUGUCCUGCCCAAAGAAGAAAUACGUGCCACUGGAAGAAAACCGGUCGAACUUGGUUCAAACUGCAUGGGCAAUGAUGGGUCUGAUCCUUUCUGGCCAGGGUAAUAGGGACCCAAAACCCCUUCACCAGGCAGCAAAGCUUUUGAUCAACUCUCAACUGGAAAAUGGAGAUUUUCCUCAGCAGGUAUAUAUAAGUACAUUUUCAUGGUUUGAAUAG